UAGAGCGAGGCGUGUCCUGUAUCCAGCGUCCAGAGUACAGUCUGCGCCGACACACCGGGGAGAAGGGGGACACCGUUUCAGGGGGGUGCACACAGAUCACCGCUCACACACAACUCCGACACACCAUGGGCUUAGAAAAGGAGAAAGCUGACGCUCGUAUAUUCAUGGAUGAGGAUGAGUUCAACCGCUCCAAUAUGCCGAUGCUGACAGAGAAGUCGUAUGAUACUAAUCACCUGGAUCGGGACCCCCACAAUCUGAACAGCCACCUCAAGCUAGGCUUUGAAGAUCUGAUCGCAGAGCCAGAGACCACUCACAGCUUUGAUAAGGUGUGGAUCUGCAGCACUGCACUAUAUGAAAUCAGUAAAUACCUUAUCUACAAGGUGCUCACCCUGCUCCUCGCCAUCCCACUGGCCUUUGUUAUUGGAGUGCUCUUCGCCAUCCUCAGCUGCCUGCACAUUUGGUUCGUUAUGCCAUUUGUGAGGACCUGUCUUAUGGUAUUACCAUCUGUGCAAGCAAUAUGGAAGGGUGUUACAGAUAGCCUCAUAGCCCCUUUAUUUGCAAGUAUGGGGCGGUGUUUUUCAUCUGUUAGCGUGCGAGUAGACAACAGUUAGGCUUUUCUGUACAGUUCAGAUGUCAUGAAUAUGCCAAAUGUCAAUUAAAUACUGCUUAGUA